UUAUUGCAUGACCCAGCCUCAUGAUUUUAUGAUCUUUAUGAGUCAGUGUGUUUUCCAGUGUGAGGCGAAUGAUCUCAGACUCGUUGUUUGAUUUUAUGAUGUUGACGCUGAUCGGGAGCCAUGGUCAAUCAUUCACAGAAACAUAUUCACCAACUUAUUUGCCCAGGAUUUCUGAGCAGCAGGAAGUUGAGUUUCAGACGGUUUCCAGUCGAACGGCGAUCGUUGAAGAGAAAGGAAAAGCUGAGAGAAGACUGACUUGUACAUUGGGUGCUGAUAUGAGGGAUGUCUGAGAGCUUUGUUUGCCAGGUUUCUUAGAGACGCCAUUGGUUUGUUAAACCCACAACAAGCAAUUAACUCCAUACCGACCUGCUGCAGUCACGUUCAACCGCUUCAGAGAGACGAUCGAGGCUCUUCACGACGGAUCUUUCCAUGGAGGAGCCCACGGUUUAGGCGGGACGUCAUGCCGUAUCUCGUCCACACGGCGCAUGCGCAGUUCGCGGCGCUCUGGUUUGGGACGGUUGGGUGGACGCUUGUUAUCGUAACCGUUGGACUGGUGGAGUGGAGGGUUUGGGAAGUGUCCGAUCUGUCGGUCAUCACCUCCGGAUUGGCUUGGGUUGGUAUCUGGAGAGUGUGUUUUUACAGCCACGCUCCGAUUUUAUCUGAUAAUCAGAUCAUGUUCUGUCAGCGGAUUGGUUUGUGGGAGUCGUUCACGCCGCCGGAGAUCGUCGCCGCGCAGGUGCUGAUGCUCGUGGCUCUGAUACUGGGAUUGGCGGGAAACGCCAGCGUCGUUUACGGCCUCCGGAACGUUUACUUCGGAUUAAACGAAUUCAAACCCAUCAGAUUGGCAUUUUCUGUUGGUGGGGUCUUGCUAGUUCUUACCGGAGCGUCUGCGCUCGUUCCCGUGUGCUGGAAUCUCCGUUCCGUUGUUAACAAUCAGACGAUAUCGUUCCCGGAGGAGUUUCGGAUGCCGUCCGCUCCUGUGAACCAGUCCAUCGGACCCGGUAUCAUCGUGGGGAUUUUUGCAUCCAUCCUGCUGGUUUUUAGCGGGAUUAUAUUUCUAUCUUACAGGGCCCCGGUUGUGCUGAAGCCCAAAGUGAGGCCGUCCAGGCCCGGAGAAUGUGUAUUGGGAACCAAUGUGACCCAUCAGGGAAUUGACAAUGCAGCUUUCCAAUGCUGAGAUAUAUAUAAAUAUUAGAAGGGUUAUAUAACGUUACUAAAAAAAACAUUAUUUUGUGUAUUUGGUGUUAAGUUAAUUAUUUUCCAUACAAUGUAUAUUAUUGCUUCUCCUCUAUGCUCCGCCUUCUUUAAAUGCGUCGAUCUUUACAAAACUCAUCGUUCUGAAAAGCGAGGUGUGCUCUGAUUGGCCAGCUGUGCAGUGCAUUGUGAUUGGAUGAAUAACUCAAGCAUCUGACAGAAUUUGUAUGACCCUGAUUAUAUACUGUGAUGCAUUGUGUCCCGGCGUGACAAGACAAAAAUAAUAAAACCCAUUACAGACAAGGCAUUUGUUGCAUCCAGUGGGGACAUGAUUAAUGAAUAUAAUUACUUGCGCUGUCUUUUUACCUGUUUUGUUGCAUCAUGCCGUGCAAACAUAAAACCAUGUUUUGAGACUAGAGCACUUCUCUACACUCUUUAAAACUCGUGUUUAAAUCAUCAGUGGCAAUCUUUUAAAUAUGAAAAUGUACUUACAGACUAUUAAUCAGAAGACCAGACUGUCCUUGCUAAGUUGUAACUGACCCACUUUAUAGAAUGAGCCGUUUAAAUGCAGACAUGGUUUUAUGUUUACACAGCGCGAUACACAAUGCAUAAAAACACAUUAUAAGUCAAUAAUAAUCAAUAAUUAUGUCCACACUGGAUGCAACAAAUGCCUGGUUUGCAAUGGGUUUUAUUGGUUUGUCUUGUCGUGCCAUGACACAAUGCAUCACAGUAUAUGGUGAGGGGCGUAACAUUUCCGUCAGAUGCUUGAGGUAUUCAUCCAAUCACAAUGCACUGGACAGCUGGCCAAUCAGAGCACACCUCGCUUUUCAGAACGAUGAGACUUGAAAAAAUCAACACGUUUCAGAAAGGCUGGACAGAGGACAAACAAUAAUGGAAAACAAUGUUUUUUUUUAACCAUAAACCACAUAAACAUAUUGCAUUACACCAAAUAAUGUUCUUUUUAAGAAGUGUUAUAUGACCAAUUUAAAUUUAACGGUAUUCAGAACACGAAAAAUUAAAAAUAUAUAUUAAUAUAAAGCAAAUAUUUUUUCGUAAAUAUGUAGGCUUUUAUAUUUUUAAAUAAAGAUAAACAAACUAGCGGCAUGUGGUAAAUGUGCUAAACAAACUUGUGCUGAAGUUCCUCUUUCAUUAAUUUGCAUGUUUUGCAUGCAAGAGGUUAGUUGCAUUAUAUGAUGCAUUAUAUAAUUUUUAUCACAUUUCAAAUGAUCAAAUAUGUGAUUCCGGAAAACACGGUAUACACGCUGUAAAAAAAACAAACAAUUAAAUUAAACUUGAUUUGUAAAAAUUUGGAUUAAUAUAAUUUAUGCUGAAAUGAUGUACAACCAAGUUGAUUAAGCUUUAAAAAGGCAGCAGACUGAAGCUAAGUUUUUAAAUAAACUUUUUGUUUACAUUCUAAUUGCAUUGUAUUAAAUUUUUACCUUGCUUUUUAGCUAAUUUGCCAUUGUUUUGUGCUUUUAUAUUUUAUCUCUAUUAUUUUAUUUUGUUGUUAUUGUUGUUUAUUUCAAUUGUUAAACUGCUCUGUCAUUAUUCACAGCACUGUUGCUGUAAACUGUUGUAUGAAAUGUUAUAUGAAGCACUGAUGUUGUAUAAUUUUUGAAUUUCGUAGUUAUUAUAAAAAUGUACCUUAGAUAUUUACAUUCAUGCAUUUGAAGACACUUUGAUCCAAAGCGACUUUGCAUUUCAAUAAUACAUUUUGGAGGUUAAACCAGUGACCUUGGCGUUGCUAGCAGCAUGCUCUCUUUGAGCUAUAUUAAUAUUUAUAUUUAAAAUUAGUACGGUACUUGAUAUUAUUGAUCAUUUGAAGUAGUAACAAGUAAAUGUUUCUGUACUUUUACUAAAAAAAAAAAAAAAACAGAA